GUAACAGUUUUUUCCCCUCUUUGAUGCCAGGAGGAGAGAAAGCAGAGAAAAAGGCAGCAGCCCCCACUCAAGAGGACGCCAAGGUGGACGUGUCUCGCUUAGACCUGCGUAUUGGACGCAUUAUCACCGCAGACAAGCAUCCAGAUGCCGACAGUCUCUAUGUGGAGCAGGUUGAUGUGGGAGAGGCUUUACCUAGAACAGUGGUCAGCGGGCUGGUCAAGCACAUACCUCUGGACCAGAUGCAGAACCGCAUGGCAGUCCUUCUUUGUAACCUGAAGCCAGCCAAGAUGAGAGGGGUGGUGUCCCAGGCGAUGGUGAUGUGUGCCAGCUCACCAGACAAGGUUGAAAUCCUCGAUCCUCCAGGUGGAGCAGUACCAGGAGAAAGGGUUACUUUCCAGGGCUUCCCAGGUACUACAGUCUGAUUAUUGUUCCCUCAC